AUGCCUCCUGGACGCAAACGCCGUGCUAACGCCGAGCAACCAAACAACACAAAUACAGACGAUGAAGGACGUCCUUCACAACGCCGGCGACAAUCCCAAGAUAAUGCGUCUGCAUCCGACGCUAGUGAAGACGAGGGACAUCGCGCCCCGAGCAGCACAGAUGUCAUGGUGAAGAAGAUGGUGCGACUGGCACUAUCUAGCGAGUACGCACGAUUGCCGAUCCGAAGAACAGAUAUCAGUGCAAAAGUAUUAGGUGAACAGGGCGCAAGGCAGUUCAAGUUGGUGUUUGAUGAGGCACAGAAGGUUUUGCGACAUCGGUUUGGCAUGCAAAUGAUAGAAUUGCCGGCGAAGGAGAAAGUGACCAUCACUCAGCGUAGGGCGGCGCAACGUGUCGAAAAGCCAUCUACAGCUACCAAGUCCUGGAUGGUAAUGAGCACCCUACCUCCUUCGUUCCGCACGCCGGAGAUAUUACCUCCAUCAAAAGCGCCGACAUCCUUCCUUGACAGUACCUAUACAGCGCUCUACACGUUCAUUAUAUCAGUCAUCACUCUAUCAGGUGGCUCCAUUCUCGAACAAAAGCUGGAUAGGUACUUGAAAAGAACCAAUAUCGAGCAAUAUACGCCCAUCGACCGUACAGAUCGUCUACUACAACGGCUGUGUAAGGAAGGAUAUCUGGUCCGGAAUAGAGAGAUGGAUGGCGGGGAAGAAGUCAUUGAGUACAUGGUUGGGCCUAGGGGAAAGAUUGAGGUCGGCGAAAGCGGAGUAUCUGGUUUAGUAAGAAAAGUUUAUGGGCGGAAUGCUCCUGCCGAAGGAGAAGCGAAUGAUGAUUUUGAGGCGAAAUUGGCUCGCAGCGUGGGCUCAAGGCGUACGGUGAACCAACCAACUGAGACAACUGGUGCUACUGCUGUUGAGGAAAGUGGUCAGAAUAACAGGCAGAAUCGAAGAAGCACAAGAAAUCGAGGUGUCGGGGAUAACGACGAUGCAGAUUAUCGAGGAUAG